AUGCUCAGAAGGCAGGUGCCUUGCUGUGUGAAAUUCGCAGUGUGUAUUCAGUUAAGUGUGGCAUCAACCAUGUGUGUUGCUCUUGCAUUGGUUGUCAAUCUGACAUCUGGGCUGAGUCCAAUCGACUUGGAGUUGGAGUAUAACAGAAUUGUGCCGAAGGGACCGGCAAGAAUUUGUGCAGUUGGAUCAUUUGAAAGAAUAUACACUGUUGAUCCCACUGGGCAGAUCAAUCUACAGACAACAUAUCUUGAUGGGACACCAGCUGGCGCUACUCCAGAACUCGAGCUCAGCAUCAACACUAACCUCUUUGAGGAUCCUUGGAAUGAGCAGAACAACACUUAA